UUCUGACCAAAAUGGUUUCCAAACUCGCCAAUGCAUUUAUUCCCUUGUGCAAUUUACAAAGCAAACCAGUGGAAAUCUUUUAUGACAGUUGGAUGAUAUAAUUGACUGAGUGAGUAAGAACACAGAUACAAUUUACUGCGAGAGAAGUAGAAGUGUCGGGGGAAUUAAUAUUUUAGAGGAAUUGGACGGUGGCUAAUCAUUCAUCAACUCGUUUAAUCGUCACCGUCAUCAUCUUCCCUCCAAAUGCAAUGCUAAUUUUCUCCUAUUUCAGCCCAAACAAGCUCUUCUUCUUCUUCCUCUGCUCAUUGCUUUCCGUUGGUGCUGUCCUGUUUGAAUUUCCUGAGUGACAUUGCUUCUGCAAUUUCGGGCUUGACAUUGCUGCAUCUAUUGAUUUCAGGUAGGGCCAGAGAAAAUUUUAGAGAGGGGCCACAAAAAAUGGGGUAAUGGGUAUAAUGCAGAUCUGAAUUUUGGGGGCAAAAGUGGGUUAAACUUAGGAUUUUUUGAGGUGGGUGAGGUGGGGAAGGGAUGCUAGUACAAGAAGAUGAUAAAUCAGGUGGGCUGGUCUCCUUAAAUGAGGGAAUUAAACACUGUUUGAGUAGUGUGCAAGGACAGUCUAUGAAUGCAGUGUUAUCUGAACAUUGCGUUGUGUAUGGUGUUUUUGUUAGUUGCAGUCACAAUCAGCUGUAUGGUUGGUGAAGGGGAACAUCUGUCACUUUGACGUCGAAGGCCCGGCAUAGCAUAUAGCAUUGCAUUGAUCACGGAGUUGUCCCAGGUCAACUUUUUCACUCUUUUCGUUUUCUUAAAUGAAAAGAAAAACACUGACUAAUUAUUCUGAACAUUUGCCUGCUUUUUUCUGUGCCCUUGUCCAAAGGAAGAGCCCACUGUCGCCAGUUAUAUUGAUAUUGAUAUGCUGGUUCCCAAUCCAUAAUACCCAGAUGGGCAGCUUUGGGAAAUGCAAUGCAUUGAAAUUCAAUAAGAAACAAUCUUUGACUUGUUGCAUCUCUCUCUCUCUAUCUGUGUCUACAUUAUAAUUCCAGCCAUGCUUUUAUAGCAGCAAUAAGCAUUGGUGCCCUACUUCUUGGUUGCAUUGUUUUACAAGUUAGAGUUUUUAUCACUUUAGGAAUAAUGCAGCUUUUGACCAUUCCAUAAUUAUGACGUUGUGAUCUUUCUCAGGAUUCUUAAGCAAUGAUAGUCAGGAAGGAAUUGUUAUAGGAAGCUGGUUCUUUGUUGUUAGAUCGGGUUGAUUGGUGGGUUUGAGCUAUCCCUUUUUGUGUUUCUUAACUUAAAUCUUGAUAUGGCUUCUGAUGGUAAGGAGAGCUACGGGUUUCCUAUGGAGACGUCCUUGAAUUAUAAGUCGUCUGGGCCUACACCUGCUUCUAGUUGGCAGUCUGCUGUUGCAGAUGCAUCCGCCAUGAAUAUCCAAGAGGGUCCUAUGAGAGUGCCCACUUCAUCUGAAUCUAUUUCUAGUUCAUUUCUUAGCCUGGGUUGGGAAUCCAAUAUGGAGCAGGGCAUGGUGGCCCCUUUUCAGUCUUCAUUGGGUUCAGUGGUUGCCCCUCUACCAGCUGCAACCACUAGUCUAUCUUCUGAUGGCAGCAUUGUCAUGAGAGAAUUGAUAGGGAGACUGGGUGCAAAUCUCUGCAAUACAGGAGGAGGAGUCUCUUGCUCAUCCCCGGCAUUGGGAUCCACAAUGGACACAGUUCUUAAUUUGGUGACAACCUGGAACCCUCUGAAUUCUAAUCCAAAUCUUAAUCUUGGGGUAGAUCCGUCCAAAGGAGCAUUUUCCAUGGAAGGGGGAACAACACUUCCUCCUCCACAUAGUUUAGCACAGUUCUCUUCAGAUCCUGGAUUUGCAGAAAGGGCUGCUAGAUUUUCUUGUUUCGGGAACAGAAACUAUUCUGAUCUUUCCAACCCAUUCAAUUUUCCAGAAGCUGAACCAUCCUACAGAUCUUCAACAGCUGAUAAUUGUCAGAUCCCAAGAGUGCCCAGUAAUCAGUCGCUGAAAGCUGGACUUCCAAUUAACCUCUCUAACAUGGGGGAAAUGAAGGGCUCAAGUGGCUCUGAGCCCACCCAAGAUGGGGCAGAAGCUGAGUUGAGAAUGACUGACAGGAAAUUUAGCAGGCUGUCGAGGUCUUCUACACCAGUUUCAACCGAUGACAUGAGACAGAGACAUGGGAUGUCGGGGAAUGAGUCUGAUGAAGCGGAAUUAAGUACUGGCCGUGAAGAAACGUCAAGUUCUGACCAUGUAGCUGGGAGGGGUCCAGGCUCCAAGAGCUUAAAUGAAAUCAAUGGAAGAAAAAGGAAAAUGCUUUCUAAAGCCAAAUCAAAGGACGCACCGUCUUUUGUUGGUUCUCCAGGCGGAAGAGAGACAAAGGGUCUGGAGGCUGAAGAUUCUCAAGGAAAGCGAUUCAAAGUUGCAGAAGCUGGUUCAAAGGAGAAGGAUGAUUUGAAACCUAAGGCUGAACAGAAUUCAAACGGCAACAGUGAAAACAGUCAAAAGCAAACCAAAGACAACGUAAAAGUAGCUGAACCACCAAAAGAUUACAUUCAUGUGAGAGCAAGACGGGGCCAAGCUACUGAUAGCCACAGCCUUGCGGAGAGAGUGAGAAGAGAAAAAAUUAGUGAACGCAUGAAGUUUUUGCAGGAUCUUGUUCCAGGCUGUAGUAAGGUAACUGGCAAAGCAGUAAUGCUUGAUGAGAUAAUAAAUUAUGUGCAAUCACUGCAGCGACAAGUUGAGUUUCUAUCUAUGAAACUUGCAACUGUGAACCCUAGACUGGAUUUCAAUAUGGAAGGACUUAUUGCUAAAGAUAUGCUCCAGUCACGUAACUCGUCAUCACGGAUGCUGUUUGCGCCUGAUCAUUCUGCUGCAUUUCCCCAGCUUCACCACCAACAACUUUGUCCUGUCCAAGUUAGUGUGGCCUGUGCAACAGAGGGACAUGGAAUGGGAAAUCCAGUGGAAGCUGCACUCAGAAGGACAGUCAAUACCCAGCCACUCUUUAUUGAUGGAUAUGAAGAUUCCAUUUCUCAGAUUGCAAAUAUUUGGGAUGAGGAUCUUCAAAGUGUUGUACAGAUGGGAUUUGGGCAAAACAAACAAGGUCCUUUAACAUCUCAAGGAAUUCACGGUCCACUUCCAACAAACCAAAUGAAAAUUGAACUUUGACCCCAACUAAUCUUGCCUCCUUCUGCGUGAUUUGAAAUAAGAUGUUCAGGAAUUCUAAGAAUCUUUGGUAUAGUGUAAGCACAAUUUGGGAGCUCUAUUCAUGAACAACUGAUAUACCAAUCAACAAUUCUAAUAUUGGUGCUCUGAGCAUUCUGUACAUAUGGGUCAAGUUCACUGCUUCUCCAAAGUAUAUGUUUUGGUGUUCUGCUCUGAAUUUCUUGGGUAACCAGCUAGAAAGAUUAUUGAUCUCAUUUUUUGCAAGCAAUUGAUGACGGGAUUAGCAUAGUUCAAAUCAUGUAUAUAGUUGGGCCGGAUUGUGUCAUGUGGUGUAAAGUAACACCGCAUGUACCAAUGCUAGAAAUCUGAGGUAGUUUGUUUAGCUUGAGCUGAUUAAACGGACAUUCAUGACCUUAUUUUUUUGAAUCCUGAAUUCAUUCAAA